AUGUCAGUUCAUCAACAUCAGGGUCAGAAGAAGAUGAUGAAGAAAUCCACAACCAAUCUGAGUGAAUCAGAUGACACAUCUGAAAUUGACCAUCAUUUAGAAACUUGCAGUGAUUCCUUACCUGAACUGAUAGAUGAAAACCCUUGCUUGGAUGAUGAACUUGAUGCAAGUUUCUUGGAUACAUCUAUUCUGCCAGAAAAUUCAGACAUAAAUUCUUCAGCAGGACCAAUUCCUUCUCAAAAUGAAACUGAGGUUCCACUCCAUUACACACGACCACAUCCAGUGCUUCAAGUCAUCAACUUUUGUGCUCAUGGUAGCUCCAUACCAGCACAAAGGACCAUCUUGGAGGAUGAUUUGGAAGAGACGACUACUUGUGCUCGAGUGGUGUGUGAUGCAGACAACAUCUUGCAGCUUCUUGGGACAGCAUGCAGGCAUCCCUUCUGUCAAGAGAAGAUAUCAGUGAAGCAAACGUAUGUUGGUGGCACACUUUGUUUACAAUGGCAUUGCAGGAAUCGUCAUGAAGGCUCAUGGAGUAGCUCUAAGCGUUGCAAGGGAAGAAAGUCAUAUCCCUUCUUCACCAACGACCUGCUUUUUGCUUCCUCAAUAGUUCUCUCUGGCAACCAGUUUGCAAAGAUUGAGCUCAUGUGCCGUUUCUUGGGGUUGAAGUUCCAGUCACAAUCAACAUUCUAUCGAAUUCAAAGACUCUACAUUUGUCCUUCAGUUUUUGAACUUUGGUCGGAGACCAGGGAGACAAAUCUUGCUGACAUUGCAAACUGUCCUGUUGUCCUAGCUGGUGAUGCGAGGAACGACUCACCAGGUUUCUCAGCAAAGUACUGUGUCUACUCGUUAAUGGAUUGUGAGAGCCACAAAGUUGUUGAUGUACAAAUUGUUGACAAACGAGAUGUAGACUUAAAGAGCAUGAGGAUGGAAAAACUUGGUCUUCAGCGAGGAAUGACAUCUGUCCGACUCAGGAUCAACGUAGUAGAACUUGUCACAGAUGCAUCCACAAGUGUAAAAGCAAUGAUGGCACGAGAUGCUGAAUAUAAAGAGAUCUUUCAUUCCCUAGAUGUCUGGCAUAAAGCCAAGAAGCUAGCAAAAGCGUUGUCUGAGGCAUCAAAGAAAAAGGAGCUUGCAGAAUUAAGACCAUGGAAAAGGUCCAUAGUCAACCAUUUCUGGUGGUCGUGUGCACAGGCACAGGGAGACGUCCAGAAAUUGAAGGCCAUCUGA